AUGCUCGCCGAUCUGAACAGAAAAUACCUCGAUACUUUGGAAAAACGCCCAUUGGCAACUAAGGCGCUAACUGCGGCUAUACUAAAUGGACUCAACGAACAGCUAGCCACCUACUUUGCUGGAGAAUCCAGAAAGACAACUAUCAAGAUCGGGUGCAAAGAGGUGCAGCUCUCACAUUUCCUCACAAAACGCGUCCCUUUGAUGUUUCUGUACGGCCUCCUGAUCAACGGUCCUUUUUCUCAUUAUGCGUACAAACUUCUACAUCUAGUUUAUCGUCCACCACUGGGUCCUAGAAAAAGACUAGCCCAGAUCCUCACUUCCCUGGUGACUAUCACGCCGGCCAUUUCUGCCCUUAUGAUCUCCUACAUCUCGCUAAUCUCGAGCACUAAUAUUGCGAAUGUCAAGGACUUGUCAUCUGCCAAAGCAGAGCUGCUGGACGUGCUUAAGAAAAUCAAGGGUGCACUCCAGAAAUCGCUGGUCUCGGUGGUCCGUUCCUCGUGGAUCUCCAGCCCUAUAUUCAUGCUUGUAGCCCAGAGUUUCCUCAAGCCUAACCAGUGGGCCGUGUUCUUCAACUUCUGCUACUUUGUGCUGGGCACUUACAAUAAUACCAUAAUCAAGCGCAGGCUAAAGGAACAGAGCUCGAACACAGAAAAACAAAAAUGA